AUGAUUAAGCAUCAGUCUGGUGUUGAAGUGACACAUGCUGUCAUGGUAGUUCCCAGUUCUAGUCUCAUUAUGACUAAUGAUGACAAGCCAUCAGCAGUAAUAAGAGACCCCAAACAGCAGGCUCGUGCACAGUGUGUGGCUGCACAGAUCAGCCAUGCAGCUGGAAACCCAAGACUGAGUGAUAAGUACCAGUUCCCAUCUUUCCUUCGCACCAUGCCAAGUCUGCAUUCUCUAACCUUAGCCAUUGCAGAAUUUAUAAAGCACUUUGGAUGGACCUGGGUAGGCAUUAUUUAUGCAGAUAAUGAUUUCACCAUACAAGGAAGUGAACAGCUGAGAGCAGAAUUACUCAUAUCACAUGCCUGUGUGGCAUUUUUUGAAAUCAUUCCAGUAAACCCACAAAAAAGUAGAAUAAUUUCCCUUGUGGAGACCAUCAUAGCUUCAUCUGCAGCUGCAAUUAUGACUUUUGCCUAUAGCCCAGAGGUAACACUUAUCAUGGAGGAACUGGCAGCACGUAAUAAAACUGAAAAGGCCUGGUUAGCAACAAUUUGGGUAGAAGACGCUCUUUUUUCACAGAGGAAUCUCUGGCCAAUACUAAAUGGUGUAAUAGGAUUUACACAGCCAGCUGGCUCUAUGCCAGGUUUUAAGGAGUUCCUUUACAAUAUUCACCCACUUAAAUAUCCAGAUUUUAUUUAUAUAAAGCAAUUCUGGGCUUCUGUUUUUAACUGUUCAUGGGCGAAUAAUUUAAUUACUGAAAAUACAUCAAAUGAAGGAGGAUCUGCUGAAUUCAGUUUCUGCACUGGAAAAGAGAAAUUAGAAACACUUGAAGAAAGUAUUUACCCUGUUAAUAACUUCAGAAAUCCUUACACUAUGUUUAAUGCAGUGUUCUCCUUAGCUUAUGCUCUACAAAACUUACAGUCAUGCAGACAUGGAGAAGGACCAUUCUGUAAUAAAACAUGUGCAGACAGAAAACAUUUUGAGCCAUGGCAGCUUCUACAUUAUCUUAAGAGUGUUCGAUUCAGAGACAAGAAUGCGCAGGAAGUGUAUUUUGAUGAAAAUGGUGAUUCACCAGCAUUGUGUGACAUUACUAAUUGGCAACUAAUUUCAGAAGAUUCCUUAAGGUAUGUCAAAGUUGGCACAUAUCAAAAACCAGACAUUGGAAAUAGUAUGUUCACCGUAAAUCAAAGUGCUAUCAUGUGGAAUGGAGGAUAUACUCAGACUCCUCGAUCUGAUUGUAGUAGAAGUUGUACACCAGGGAACCGCAAAGCUCCAAUUCAGGGAAUGCCUAUCUGUUGUUAUGACUGUGUGCCUUGUUCUGAUGGGGAAAUUGCAAACCAAACUGAUGCCACUAACUGCAUAAAGUGUCCAGAAGACUCUUGGUCAAAUGAGAGAAAGGAAAUCUGUAUUCUAAAGCAAGUUGAGUUCCUGUCCUUUGAAGAUUCCUUGGGAUCAGUACUGACUGCCUUCUCUAUUGCAUUCGCCAUCAUACCUGCAUGCAUUCUGUGGAUAUUUAUUAAAUAUCGGGACACUCCAGUAGUGAAGGCAAACAACUGUAAUCUCAGCUACUUCCUCCUCAUAGCACUCAUUAUGUGCUUCCUCUGCUCCUUAAUAUUCAUUGGAAAACCUAAUGAUAUAAGCUGCUUAUUAAGGCAAUCUGUAUUUGGUGUAAUAUUUUCUGUCUGCAUCUCUUCAAUUCUAGCAAAAACAAUUACUGUGUUUAUUGCAUUCAGCAUGAGAAGGCCAGGAGGAUACCAGCAGAACUGGCUUGGAACUAAAGCACCAGUUUUUAUUGGCCUUUGUUGUACCACUCUACAGGUCAUGAUUUGUACUGUUUGGCUUGUACUUUUACCACCUUUCCAAGAGAAAAACAUGAAUCUAUACAAGGAUAAAAUAAUAAUUGCAUGUAAUGAAGGGUCAGGCAUGAUAUUUUAUUGUAUGCUGGCAUAUCUUGGGAUUUUGGCAAGCGUAUGCUUCAUCAUUGCUUUCUUGGUACGAAAAUUACCAGACAGAUAUAAUGAAGCAAAAUUUAUCACAUUCAGCAUGUUAAUAUUUGUUAGUGUUUGGCUCACUUUUGUACCAGCAAACCUAAGUACCAAAGGAAAAUAUGUGGUUGUUGUUGAAAUAUUUGCCAUCUUGUCUUCAGGAUUUGGACUUCUAAGCUGUAUUUUCUUCCCAAAAUGCUAUAUUAUCAUAUUAAGACCAGAGUUAAACACUAAAGAAUCUGCAACAAGGAGCUCACACUAA